GACAGCGUUUCGGGUCUUCCAGGCGACACGAGCUCCUUAACUGUUGAGAAUGAGCUUGCUAAACUGUUCAGGAGCUCGAUUUUGCUGCUUCCCGCGUAAACGAAUUUUCUCUUUACUUCAGGGAGAAGCUUUGGAAGAUCAUUCAUGGAAGUGUCUUCUGCUGCUCACAUUUUAAAGUCUCUAUCUUUUCUUACAUUUUGAUGGUGCAAGUAAAGUGUUUGAUGAUAUGCUUAAGAGAAGCGUGCCCUUGUGGAAUAAGCUCAUUCCUGGCCAUGUGGGAAAGAAUCGCACAACUAAAGCAUUGAGCGUGUUUUCCUGGACGACUGCGGAUGGCUCAUGUUCGGAUGAAAGCACGUUUUCUCUGCUUCUAAAGGCGUGUAGAGGGGACAAUGUCACGCUCGGUUCUGUCAGAGAGAUUCAUGCUAAAAUUGUUUCUCGUGGGCUCGAUGCUAGUUCCCUGCUCUGCAACUAUUUGAUAGAUCUGUAUUUCAGAAGCGGAUUUAUAAAUUAUUCGAAAAAGGUUUUUGACCGAAUGUGCUUGAAGGACAGUGUUUCAUGGGUCGCAAUGAUCUCGGGGCUCUCUCACAAUGGACAAGAAACAGAAGCUGUCCUUUUAUUCGGUCACAUGCAUAAGUCAGGAAUUACACCUACACCCUACAUUUUCUCAAGCGUUCUCAGUGCCUGUGCUAAGGUGGAGUUGUUCAAGAUUGGGAAGCAGGUUCAUGGGCUUGCUUUCAAGUCGGGAUUUUCCUCUCAAAUUUUCGUCUGCAACAGUCUCCUUACAUUGUACUGCCAUGUUGAGAAUUGGGUUUCCGCUGAACGUAUCUUUCUUGAAAUGGAGUUUAGAGACAGGGUCUCGUAUAAUUCACUGAUCUCUGGGCUUGCCCAGCGGGGAUUUAGUGAUAGGGCUCUCAAUCUAUUUCGCAGAAUGCAGCAAAUUGAUUUCUUGAAACCUGAUUUUGUCACCAUAGCAAGCCUCUUGAGUGUCUGUUCAUCAGCGGGGGACAUUAGUGGAGGUGUGCAGCUUCACUCCUUCGUGGUAAAAGCAGGUUUUUUAUCAGAAACUGUCAUUGAAGGUUCCCUUCUGGACUUUUAUGCGAAAUGCUGUGAUAUAGAAACUGCUCACAGGUUUUUUCUCAGAGCCGACAGAAAGAAUGUUGUCUUAUGGAAUAUAAUGCUGGUUGCUUACGGUCAGUUGGGUGAUCUGACAACCUCUGUCUGUCUACUCAGAGAAAUGAACCUCGAAGGCAUAAUUCCAAAUCAAUUCACGUACCCGAGCAUGCUCAAGACUUGCACCUCCAUUGGAGCUCUGGAAGAAGGAGAGCAGCUUCAUGCUCAUCUCACUAAGACUGGUUUCCAUCAGAAUUUGUAUGUCUCUGGUAUGCUCAUAGAUAUGUAUGCAAAGCAUGGCGAAUUCAAAACUGCUCGAGGAAUUCUAAAUAAACUGAGAGAAGAUGAUUUUGUAUCUUGGACGGCUCUAAUUGCAGGGCAUGUUCAGCAUGAUUUAUUUCCCGAAGCUUUGCAGCUUUUCAGAGAAAUGCAAGGCAGGGGAAUCCAACUGGACAACAUCGGACUAGCAAGUGCACUGAGCGCUUGUGCAGGCAUGCAUGCCCUUGAUUGUGGGCGGGAGAUUCAUGCCCAAUCAUGGGUCCGUGGCUACUCAUUUGACCUUUCUAUAAGAAACUCACUCAUUAGUCUAUACAGUAGAUGUGGCAGAGUCCAAGAAGCAUACUCGGCAUUUGAGAACAUCGACGACGAAGAUGAAAGAUCAUGGAACGCAUUACUAUCAGGAUUUUCUCAGAGCGGUUUACAAGAGGAAGCACUUCGAGUCUUUUCUAAGAUGAAUAAAUCUGGAAUCCAGGCGAAUUUGUAUACUUUCUGCUCCGCUGCCAGUGCUGCUGCUAAUAUGACCAAUAUGAUAUUGGGGAAGCAGAUUCACGGGUUGGUCAUGAGAACUGGGUACAGUUCUGAGACUGAGAUUUCAAACGUCCUUAUCACAUUAUAUGCGAAGUGUGGGAGCAUAGAAGAUGCCGAGAAAGAGUUCAAAGAAAUGCCCGAAAGGAAUGAGGUUUCUUGGAACGCCAUUAUAACGGGUUAUUCUCAACAUGGGCUCGGCAACAAAGCUCUGAAACUGUUUGAAGAGAUGAAAAGAUUAGGCUUAAGACCGAAUUAUGUUACAUUCCUCGGAGCUAUAUCAGCCUGUAGUCACGUGGGUUUGGUGAACGAAGGGCUCGACCACUUUCAGUCCAUGAAUCGAGAUUAUGGACUGGUGCCUAAGCCUGAACACUAUGCCUGUAUUGUGGACCUUCUUGGUCGGUCGGGCUUUCUGGCCCGCGCAAAAGGAUUUAUUGAGGAGAUGCCAAUACAGCCCGAUGCAAUGAUUUGGCGGACUCUAUUAAGUGCCUGCACAGUUCACAAGAAUGUGGAGAUCGGGGAAUUUGCUGCUCAGAAACUUCAAGGGAUGGAACCUGAAGACUCGGCAGCCUAUGUACUCCAAUCAAAUAUGUAUGCAGCAGCAGGAAAAUGGACUCAGAGGGAUAGGCCAAGGCAGGCAAUGAAGGAGAGAGGAGUGAAGAAAGAACCAGGCCAGAGCUGGAUCGAGGCUAAGGGCUUAGUUCAUGCAUUCUUCGCGGGCGAUAAGUUGCACCCUUUUUCAGAUAAGAUAUACAAAGCUGUAGCUGAUCUGAAUGCUCGGGCACAGGAACUUGGUUAUGUGGAGCAACAGUAUAGCCUCCGCAAAGAAGGAGAGCAGGGAGGGAUGGAACCGGCACAAAAUGUCCACAGUGAGAAACUGGCAAUUGCUUUUGGCCUUCUGAGCUUGUCGGAGAUAAUACCUAUACGCGUGAUUAAGAAUCUCCGUGUCUGUAACGAUUGCCAUAACUGGAUCAAGUUCAUCUCUAAGGCAACGAAAAGGACAAUCGUCGUGAGGGAUGCGUACCGGUUUCACCAUUUCAAAGACGGGGCCUGUUCCUGUAGGGAUUACUGGUGACAACAUGUAAAUGAACACUGGAGGAAAGAACGACCUUCCGGAUCAACAGAAGUUACAUUUACAAGAGACUUUCCUAAUCCUGGCGGGACCGGCCAUUACAGAGAAGACACGUGGUGUUGUGCUUGCCAGAGAUUGGAGCACGUGUUUUCUCGUGGAGGCACAUCUUGACAAUAAAUAUAUACUGAUGGCGGAUCCUCCUCCAUUCGAUCCGCGUGGGCAA